AUGUCCAAGUUUCAAGAGCUCAAAAGGGAGCUUAGUAUCCUAGAGAAAACCUUUGGCUCGGACCACGAACAUCUCCGUGUAGAAGCCAAUGGUUUGGAUGAAGUGACAUACCGAUUUCUCGCACCCAAUGGCGAGCACGUAGUUCACUGCAAUAUCUAUGUAAGUCGUUCGUUUAUGUUUUGUACUUGCUAGUGGUUCUUUAAGGUAUUGAAUAGUGUCAUUGAGAUGUAUUAUAAUCGAAUUUAUCAUUUACCAAAAGGAAUCUUAUCCCAACCCGCCGCCGAUGUGGUUUGCGGAGAGUGAAGACGCGAAAAUCACUCAAAUUGUCGAGUCUUUGAGCUGUAUUGAGCCCUCUGCGCCGAAUUUAGUAAGCCUGCUUUGAUUUUACUGCUUCAAAUGAUCUUUUUUUUAUUUAAAUGUUUCGAAGCUUAGUUCUCAAUGACUUGGCUAUGUGACGUUUGCUUUCAUUUCCCAUCUGGUUUACAGUUACUUCGCUCGACAAAGCACUUGGUCAAGGAGCUAUUCAAAUGGCAAAAUGUACCAAUACCACCGCAUAUUGAAAGUCUAGAUCUGGUUCAGCUUAUACAGGUAGGUUUUGUACUUCCUUUCUUGUUAAUUGGUACUUGAUUUCCCGAGAAAGUGAAAAGGAAAAGUGCUGUUUAUAUUGACGCGACAGUAAUACAGCGUGCCAAAAAUAGCGUGAAAAACCGUGUGAAAACGAGGCAUUUUGUCCUGACGGCAGCACAAAAGAAAGGAUUAAAUUGUGUUUAACCGGAAGUGAGCCACAGAACGCAAAUAAGUAACUAUAUUUUUUCGAGGCAGAAGCAUCAAAAGAGGCUUUUAUGCACCGAGAUAAUUGCAAAUGCACUGAUCAAACUGAGAAAUUUAAAUGGCUAUUUACAAGCAUUGAAUGACUCGGCUUGACGUUCAUUAUGUGGUGCCCUACUAACAUGCAUAAUUUUGUGUGCUUGCAUACAUAAUGUUGGCUUGUAUUGUUGCACUAAAUAAAAGCUUGUUUAAUUUUGAACACCUUUCUACAACAUAUCCAUUCAUGCAUUUUUAAAAAUAUACACACAGUUGUAAUGUAGUUUUUCUGAAAUUUUAUUGAUUUGUAAUUACUGGAGGGAUACUUGUGGCUUUUUCAAAAUGAUACAAUUGCAUUUGUUACUUUUAUACAGACAUCUAAACCAUUUCUAGCGUUCUAGUAUUUACAUUUAUUUGUGGCUGUACUCAGCAAAGGUUGCCCAUUGCAUCAAAAUCAAUAAAAUGAUUGAAAAUAAAUAGAUAAACAAAUGAAUAAACAGCCAAAAUAAUCUGCUAAUUAAGAAAAUAACACUGCACUAGUUGCAGUUUAAUUCCUCCCACAAAAGAAAGGACUACAAAACAACAUGCUUCAGAGGAAGUAAUUUUUUAAAUACAAGGGAACCUCUGCGAUUUUUCCCAUUUAUCUUUUCUAGUGAAAUAAUUGUUGCAUACCAUUUUGGCAUCCUGCAAACUUAAAUAAUGGCUGGUUGUAGUAUUGCAUACCUCAACUUAAAGGGAGUUGUCUAUCUCUUUUUUCUUUCCUUGUUUGCACUGUUUCCUACAAUGUAGUUUAAGCUUCCUUGUUGUAUUAAUUUUGUAUUGGGGCUCAUCUUUAGUAACCAAAACAAGAGAAAAACUACAGCUACACCGUGCAAUGCAUAUCCCAAUGGGGUACUCCCCUAUAAAGUGAUGGGAGUGUUUGUCGGAAAAUUUUGAGAACUCCCCUAAAACAGUGCUCGACUCUUUUUUGUCACCAGAACAAGUACUCUAGUCGCCAAGAAUUAUAUUCAAGAAUUAAUGGUAUACAAUUUAAUUAAACAUGUUUUAUUUAGCUUUAACAAAAAAAAUGCUUUAGACUUCCUUUGAACUUUCUUUUGAAGGGUUUUCCUUCGGGGCUCGAUUACCAGCCGGUGUUUGGGAAAAUGAGUCCACUCUCAAGCGUAAAUCUCCUCAAACAGGUAUUCAAGCAAUGGAAUACACAUUGAGAGAAAAAAAAAACUUUAGGAAUCACAAAAAAACUUAUUUCGAUUAUUAAAGAACAAAAUCUGCAAACAUCUGUUUUGUGUCCCAUGUAUUUGCAUGUUCAGAAAUGAACAUCGGUGAAACUUGAUCUAUUUCGUUGCCAAGCACAUGAUGGAAAGUCUCAAGAAAAAGGAAACAUUGCUGAUGUUUUCGGGCAAAGAAGUUGAUUUCGCAAGUCUGCUAGACAAACAGCAUGACUCAGGGGCACCCAUUGAGAAUGUAGUUCAAAACCACUUAAACAUAGCAUUGUUGAACGUAUCUUAGUAUUUAAACGGUAGAUAUGGGCAUAUUUUUAUCUCCUAAAAAUUUUUCAUCUCUUCGGAUUUCCUAGCUGAAAGUCUAGUGAUCCGAAAAUUAUGUGGGUCAAAACUUACCUUUAGAAAAUUUCAGCCAGAAAAAAGGCUCCCGAAAAUUCUAGGUGACCUUUCUAGGGUAAAAAUCCGUUGAAAAUGGGCAAUUAUACUGGGUUGUAGCUGGUCGCAAAUCCUAGGAGAGGCCGGUAAGCAAGAAAUUUUUUCAACAAAUGUUCCAUAAAUUCUAGAUCUCAAAUCGUCUUUUAAACAGAUAUUUUCCGAAAAACUGACAUUGGGUGCUUCUCAUGACUUUCAACGGUACUUCAUUAGAAGUCAAUAAAAUAUGGCAGAGCUUUUAUUUAGGCCGUUACGCUCAACAGAAAUUUGCAUGUUUACAAGAAGCUCAAGAGGUAAGCACCAUUCGUUCUCGAUUGACUUAAGCUUUUAUCAGACUAAUCUGCUAUCAAGUCCAAAAUCGAGAUACAUGUUUGACGUAAAGAAAUUGUUUUAUUGAUGUGCUAAAAGUCAUUCCUGGAGAAACACUGGACGACCUGUUGAGAAUUGCGAUCAAUUUGCCCGGAAGUCAAGAAGACUUCCGUCGAAUUCAUCACUUGUGAUUUAGUUACUAUCCUCCUUCAAGUAAAAAUCAAACGUUAGACGGACCAACUGUUAGAUCAUAAGAACACUCGGUUAGAGUGUUCGAAGAAAUCGGCAAAGCGUUUAGACAAAUUGUUAGAGGGUUAGGCCUAACUGUUAGAGCGUUUGGGCAAAACAUUAGAGCGUUAGAAAAACUGUUAGCUAUUCAUUUGUUUUGUAAAAGAUAACAUUAUCAUUAGUUUACGUUUUCCCAAGAAGAAAGUCACCUAUCUUGGGGGCCAGGUUGGCGACCAGUCAUGAAAAUUUAGUCACCACUGAGUAAAAGCUGGUCGCAUUGGCAACCCUACAGGUCGCAACGUCGAGCCCUGUAAAGUGUACCGGAAUCUUGUUUCAUGGGCGUGUCCCAAGUUCAUUUUCGCCCCUAAGAGCUACCAAUUCAACAAUAACAAUAUAUAACUGGCACUGCAAAUUUUAAUCGGUAAUAAAAAUAACACAACUUUCUUCACUUUCUCAAGGACUUUUUGAAACCAAUCCACAAAUUUAAACCCCUAACAGGUACGACAAGCACCCCUGUCACUUUUAUAGGGGAGUACCCCUGCCCUUUCAAAGUUGCCCCAAGCAUCUGUUUCAAAGGGAGGCUAAGUGUGAUGCUAUUGAUAUUAAAAAAUGUUUCUUUAGUCCCAUGAAACAAAAUUUUUACAAGAAAGGCUUUGCACUUAGCCUUGUUUUGGAGUGAGAGAAAUAAUUCAGAACUCUGAAAUGGCCUAUCAUACUCUAGGUGUUGUUUUAACUUCAAGGGUACGUAUACAUUGUACACACUCCUAACUUAACUUGGAAGGUACGUGUAUGACCUUCCAGUUGAACAUUUAUAUGCCUGGUCACAGGUUUAACUGCUCUAAUUUUGUUCUCUUGUUGUCACUUAUUGUCCUUAAAAUGUCAUUUUCAGGAAGAUGUAGAGAUGAAAGACUCUACAACGUCACAAGAGGAUGAUGAAAGCGAAGAUGAAGGCUUAGAAGAGGUACUGACUGGAGCUUAUAACCUGGUGCAAGUAACUCUCAUUCUAAGCCUAUAUGUCAUAGUGUUUUUACCAACCAGUUUACAUCUUUUUUUAUAUACACUUAAAUAACAGCACCUUUUGAUGCAAAAAUGGAUGGGAUUGCUCCAUGUCAUCAUUGAGCACAUUCAAAGUUAUAUACAGGGUUGUCACUAAGAUUUCAAGUUGCCGGGUAAAUACAACAAGUAGGCGGGGAAUCAAACGGCUAGGGAUUUCUUUUGGUUCUAUUUUUGUUCUAUUUUCCAAUAAAAGUAGCCGGGGGCCACUCUCUUAGUAGCCGGGGAAAAUCCCCGGCCCCCGGCUCUUAAUGACAACACUGUAUAUAAGAUGUAAAAAAGGAAACUAAAUGUCAUUACAAGAGCAAAUAGUACAAUUUUGGGGUCCGAAGGUUCGGCUGUCAGACUGGUUCCUCUGGAACUCAAAAGAUAUUGUAAAUUUAAAUCAAAUCAUUCUUAGAAUUAACUGGUCAGUAUAAACACCUUGACACAAGUACAUGAAAGUCGCUUGCUCCAGGCUUCUGGUACUGUAUAGGAUACAACUGUUCAUGCACAAUACCGAGCAACAUGUAUGCACCCCUUUUAAUAAGGUAAUAAUUAAUAAUAAUAAUAUUAGUAGCAGUAGCAGCAGCAGCAGCAGCAGCAGCAACAGUAGUAGUAGCGGUAUCAAGGAAUGUUCGGAAACAAGUACCCUGAGUUUCUGGUAUUAGUUUCUAGCGUUUCUGGGGUAAGGGCAAAGAGAAAAUCAAAAUGGAGAGCGACACAGAUGCCAUUACUCAAGCCUUACCCCACACAGCAUGAUUCAGUAUUAGUCUGUCAAUAUCAUUUUGUGGUCCUCCUUUUUAAUAUCAACACAAUAAUCUGUAAACCAAAGGAGCUUUUAAAAAAGUUUGAACCGACAUGCGUACUCUUUUCAAAUUCCAGUGUUUGUUGAAUGUCUAAUGCAGAACAGUGUAUGUAGUGUAGUACUACUGCAGUAUGUAGUGUACUUGUAUACAUACAUGUACAGCUGCAGAUUGUAUAUACAUGGAAUGACAAUUUUAGCCAUCUUUUUUAGGGGCAUGAGGACAGUGAAGAUUCUGAUAACUAUGAAAUGGAGGAAGACACAGAGUAAGUUUUAUUUUAUUGAAUUGACAGUAUUUUCUUUUGUGCACCACAUUGAAAGCUCAUGAUGCAACCUUUAAAACUACAUGCAUUCAGAUACAUGUAUUUGACCAGGGAUAUGUUGCUAAGAGCUGGCUAUCAACUGAAAGAGACCUUUCCACCAGCUCAUGUCAGGGUAAUUUUGAAGGCGCAAUUGAGGAAAAAGCUAGCUUGACCAGUAGAAAAAGCCCCCUAGUGCCAAGAAAGUGUUGAAAAGACUGCUGUCAUGUCAGUCAUGUAAAUAUACAACUUAUUCUUUACUGAGGCCUUAUUUUGAUGUUAAACAGGACAGAUUCUAACAAAGAUCUUCAGGAGAUUGGUGCAGCUAACUAUGCAGUAUUGGAAAGGAUAAGAGUGAACAGGAGAGAAGACCAUCUCAAGGUCAGUCAAUGCAAUAAACAGGCUUUCAACUGACAGAGUGUAAGAAAAUGAUGAAAUUUUGCAGGAUUUCCAGUCAGGCACAAAAAUGGGCAGACUUUGUGUUGCAAGUAAAUUUUAUUCUUUGAUUUCUCCAUCACUUCUUUCGGCCUAGAACACUAUUAAAAACUUAUUGAAUUUACAGCAACAUAAAAGAAGCUCUGCCCAUUGGUUCAAGACAUUUAGUCAACAGUCAUAAAUUUGCUCUUAAGUUUGUUCUGUAGAGAUUCAUUGCAUGCAUUGCUGCAAGAGGUUUAGUUUUUGUUCUGCCUGAUUUGGACAGUUUUCCUGAUUCAGACUGAUCUUUGCAGACCUCAUAGGAAACAGAAGUUUGCUUCAAUGGGUUAUAAAGGUCAUGUGAUUUGUGAUUGGUGGAUUUUGAUCCAUUUUGUGUGUUUCUGUGUUUCAAGGUUCAUUGCUUUUGAACUUUAGAGUUUUAGCUCUCAAGUUUUUUUUUGUCUUAUUACUGAAACAAGGCAAGUUUAGAUUACCAAGGUGAAAUUGUUCAUAUAGCGCUUCCAAAUCCAGAAGAAACUCAGAUAGAGGAGGAUGAAAACAAAGCGGUACAUUUCCACCAACAUUUAAUAAUUGCAGCUUCUGCUUAUUAUUGCCACAAUAUUUGACAAGCCAUGAUUGGAUACUAUGGUGAUGGUUUAAUUUGACAUCUAAGAAAAACCUAAAACUCUGAAAUAUUUUUAAAAAUACAGGUUGCUUGUUAUUCAAAGGAGCUGUAAUACAACUGUAUAAGAAGAGAUCAUUUGAAAGUUACAGAUUUUUUAUUUUAAUUCUUUUCUUUGUUGUUUCUUUUACGUCAGGGAACAGUAUGUGGUUCAGUUCAAGCAACUGACAGGUUAAUGAAAGAACUGAGGGAUGUGUACAGAUCUGACAGUUUCAAAAGAGGUAACUUAGGUUGUGAUGUAUCUCAGUAAUUUACAUCCUUUAUCCUUUAUACAUACAUGUACAUGUAUAUUGUACAGUCAUGUACUUUGAAAAUUGCCAAUAUAUGUGCAGUGGAACUUCAAUAUAAUGAAUAUCUAUAAUUCCUUGGUAUAACAAAUGAUUUCCUUUACCCCAGAAACAGUGAAAUAUUUGAAAAGGAAUCCUCAAUAUAAGGAAACCUUGUUAUACUGAACAAAUUUUGUCAGCUCCUUGGCCCUUCAUUAGAUUGACGUUCCACUGUACACUGUACUGUUAUGUGAUUCUUACACUGUAGAAGUGAUAGGCCUAAGUUCAAUUUCCAACUGGACCAAAACUCUGAGGGUCCUUAUUACAUGUAACUAAGAAAAAUGUGCUGUUUUAUGUUUCACAUGUGUAGACAUUCUAGUCUUCUCGGAUAGUGAUGGAAAACCAUAGUCCUUGUUUCAUGUCAUUUCACUGAUCUGUGUCUGGUGGGUUGUAAAAGAUCCCACUCUCCUGUAGUUUACUAGAGUGCUGGACAUACAUACAUGUACAUGUAGACCAUGGUAUUAUUGUGACCACCUCUACUGUUCGUUUCAUGGGUUGGCUGGGUAAAAGGGGAUCCGAUCCGAUGGGAAGUACAUGUACAUCUAAAUUUUGAUCUUGGGUGUACUAAGUAAAAAUAAAUAGAAGUUUGCUGGGCCUAGUGGACAAGUGAAGUAAAGUGGUCCCAUCCCGACAAGUAAAUUACUGGUCCCGUGAGCCUUUCUGAAUGUACAUGUCAGUGUUGGUAAAUGAUAAUUUCCAGACAGAAAUUAUUUCAAAACUGAAUGCUACAAGAUCAUUUGAGUGACACAAUAUAUUCAAAUAAUAUUAGUUGAAAGCGUGAAUCCAUUUAAAAUCCAAGUGCAUGUUCAAAUGCGUACUCAUAUUUUUCCUCCAGUCAUCAUAUUGGUCAAAUCCAGUAGUUAAUCUGUAUCUGUCACAGCAUUUAGUGCUAUUUCUGAUACUCUAAAUUGUUAUAUAACUUAUUAUAUUAAAUUUAUUUUAUUAUAAAGUGGUGGCAAGUGAAAGCUGAAAUUUAUUUUCCCACUUGGGAAGAGGAUUUCAAAUAUUUUUUUCCUGCCUUGUAUCAGUAAGGUACACAAGUCCUAUUUUAUCCCCUGUCAGGGUGGUGAUCCACCAUGGCAAGAAUCAAUAAACUUAGCACUGAACUUUUCUCUCUAGGAACAUACUCUGUCUCUCUCAACAAUGAUAAUUUAUAUGACUGGACAAUAAAGAUUAUCAGGUGUGUAAGACGUGUACAUUGUAUUUUACCCUUUAAGGUGGCUCUGGUUACUGUGUUCGACUGCAGUUGAGUUGCAGGUUUUCUCAGACUUCAUAGGCCAUUGUGUUUUAACUGUUCUUUGUAGAUCACUGUGCCUGUAAUACAGGCAAACAAACAACAACAACAACAACAAUUUUGUUCCACAUAGUUCAGAUACAACAGUUAACACACUCAGUUAAUAUUUACAGGCCUUCUGAAGCAUCCUUUGUUUCUUGAUUUUGAGAUACCUACAUUUAUAACAGUCAUGAAUAUCACAUAUUUGUUUGAUGUCUUAGAUAAUACUGACAAAAAUCUAUGAUGUGCAUUUAUUUCCUGUAGAGUUGACCCUGAUAGUACUUUACACAAAGAUCUGAUGCAGUUAAAAGCACAGGAAGAAACAGAUCAUGUCUUACUAAAUAUGACAUUUACAGUGAGUAACAUCAUUGAAUAAUCUUUGCUCCUAGUGGUGCAUUUAGUAAAAUUCCAGGAAUAUCACUAAUGGUAAAAAUCACUGGUAAAUUGUAGAACAUGUUCCCCAGCUCCCUUCAAACGUGUUUCCCUAGUCCAAAUUCAUUGAAAAUCUUUGAAGUUAUUGUGAUAUGUUUUUACAAUGAUCAUUCUUGUGUUUCCUUAUUUCAGGACAAAUUUCCAUUUGAUCCUCCUUUUGUCAGAGUCAUUUAUCCAGUUUUAACUGCUGGGUAAGUAGCCUUUGACGUCAAGAGAAAAGUAAAAUCAAAAACAAAAAGGAAGUACUGAAUGCCAUGCUGAAACUUAUUAUCAACAUUUAUUAUGUUUAUCAGUGUAGUGUGUAUGUGCCACAUCAAUUACGUUAAUGUACAUACAUAUGCCAUUGUUAUGGUGGCAAAUUUCCUACAUGCCAACAACCAAUGUGAACGGCAAGCUGUAAAACUGACUUUCUUUGUACUCUGGACAACACAGUUGCUAACUAGAUAGAUAAUUUUCCACAGCACGUAAAAACACACAUUAUUUAUUUGUCCUGUUUUUAUGCAAGUUUGUACCCUUCAGUACAUGAUAAUGCAAGAUUAUUGCACAUGUACUGUUAUUUCCUCUUUAGUUAUGUUCUUAGUGGAGGAGCACUUUGCAUGGAACUUCUUACGCCUCAGGUAUGCAAGUUACAUUAACCUGGAUUUUACUCUUCUGUGUGACACCCUUAUGGCUAUUAAGACAAUGAUUAAUCUUAACAUCAUCAAAAUCAGUGUAAAGCGACAAAAUUGUGGAGGAGUUUCUCUUGUAAUUAUGAGGUAUAUUUAGAGACAAAACAGUCUGGACCCUUCCUUCAUCCCUUCAUUCAAAUUAAAAAGUUGGAGUGUUUGUCACUGGUUUCUAGCCUGAGAGCCAGCACUCUGGGGCACUCUGGUGGCGGGGUGGGAAAAGGAAGGACAGCUGGUAAGUACGUCUCUGGAAUUUGAAUUCCACCUCUAAUUCCCUUGUGGCUCCCUGUCAACUGAGCUGUCAGAUUUCUGCCAAUCAGCACGAAUGUUAACAAACAUUGAAAAACAAGUGCCAAGGGCAAUGAUGUCAUCACUAAUGUCAUCUCGGUCAAUCAGCAUUUCUUUCGCAUCAACUUUAGCCUGCGUAGCAUGGCGGUUUUGGUUGCUAAGUAAUAAAGGCGGGUGAGGGCAGAAAAACCGCGAGGAGAUUGGGGCGGGAGCAACUGAAAAACCGCCUGCAAGGACGGGGGCCUUUUUUGAGUCGGUCCGUAUGCCAGCGUACGGAUCGUUCUGAUUGGUUCAGAAUGCUCGCCCGUCAAUCAAAUAGUUUGGUAAAUUCCCUUGGGAGAGUUUCGAGAGACUGAACAAAUCUUCUCGUCAAAGCAAAAUCAAAAUAUGGCAGAAGCGUCAGCAGAAGCAUUAACAAGAGCGUUGUCGCUCUUGAAUAUUCGUCGGGAAAAUAGUGCAGUUGUCUUGAAGCCAGAGCAGGAAACGGCCAUUAACAAUCUUCUUAACGGGAGAGAUGUCAUGGCAAUUUUGCCAACAGGUUUUGGCAAGAGCAUGAUCUAUACUGUCUUCGCUCUUGCCAAAGAAGAAGUCUCUUCAUCGAAAACGUGUGUGAUUGUCAUUGCCCCUUUGAAAAGUAUUAUAGACGACCAGAUUUCCGAAAUGUUGUCGCUGAACUGCACGGCAAUGGAACUUACGACGGAAGCACUGAAUCUGGUUCGAGAGAGUCCACCUCAAUUUCUCUACUGCUCCGCUGAGACGGUGUUAGAAAAGGCAUUCCUUGCCGCUUUAAAAGAAAACAGUGCUCUACAUCGAGCCGUGUCGGCGAUUGUGGUCGACGAAUCACACACAGUUGAAGCAUGGACAGGAAAAAGGUGAGAUUUUUGUUUACGUCCGCCCUUGUGAGUCUCAUGUUUACAAUAUAGUUCGUGGUCUCUCAUAAGCUUAUAUUUUGUCAAUCCUUUCAUUUUUUGACUAGAAAGCAAAGCAAAGGUGCGAAACCUGUUCAAGUGUUCCGUGGAGCGUAUGGAAAGUUAGCUAUUCUUCGGUCAAUGUGCAAAGACGGUAAGAAAAUAAUUUAAGUUACAUGGUGUCGUUCGCAUGUUUAACACUACGUCAAACAAUCAGAAACAAUACAGCAGGUAUGCAAGAAAACUAUUAUGAAAACCUACACAACCUCAUCAUCAUGUUAGCCGGUAUUUUAUGAACCUGCUUUAUAUUUACCCUCGAUGGUUGUAUUUUUAAAUUCUGGUAUCAGAUGUUUAAAGCUUGUCCUUGUGUAAUGGUGUUCAUUCACAUGCACGGCCAAAACAGAAAAAGAAUAAUACAGUGUAUCAUAUAAAUGAAAACCUGCUACAUUUAAGGGCUUUAGAAGGGCAAUGAUUUAAGUGUAAGAAAGUUGUAGACUUAUUCGUGCGAUCAGUUCAUGUACAACAACCAAUUGCCUACUUAAAUGAUGAAAUAAAAUUAUUGCAACAGAAAACCUACUUGAAAAUUUGACCAAUUUCAUAUGUACCCUGUAAACCUUAAGCUUCUCGAACACUCCACCAGACUUCAGUCCUUUGUCCUGUAGUUGGUAUUGUAAUAUAUUAAUUAUUAUUCUGUUUUAUUGUAGGAAUUCCCUUGCUGGCUCUCACUGGGACUGCAGAUAAGGAAACUGAGAAGAUAAUUAUCAAAGAGCUUGCCAUGAAGGAUCCUGUCAAAUUGUUUGUCAGCCCAAACAGAUGCAAUCUGCGACUGUCUAUCAACAAAGUUGGAAGACUUGAUAUGCUAAAGCAACUGGAUUGGAUUGUUGAAAUGAUAAAGACAAAUGGCAAGGAAACUCCCAAAAUCAUUGUGUUCUGUGACACCAUGUACUCCAUUGCAAGUGUUUUCAACUACCUGAUGAUGUCACUUGGAGAAAAAGCUUUCCAUCCAAGCUCAUCACGGCAGCCCAAAAAUUGUUUGUUUGGCAUAUUUCAGUCACUUUCUCAUAAAGAGUACAAAGACAGGUUAUUGAAUUCAUUUAAAAACAAUGGACUAAAGCGUAUUGCCAUUGCUACUACAGCCCUCAGUAUGGGAGUAAAUUUUCCUGAUGUUCGUUAUGUUGUAAUGUAUGGUCCUGCGAGAAGCCUUCUUGAUUUUCAUCAAGAAGCAGGUAGGGGUGGAAGAGAUGGCCUGUCUUCAGACAUCGUAUUAUAUUUUUAUGGUCAGCAGUUGGCACACUGUGAGGAAGAUGUGCGUGACUUUUUGAAAACAAGUGGUUGCUACCGUAUAGCAAGCUACAAGACAUUUGAUCCCGAGAUUGCAAGUUUGUCUCCAUCUCAUGACUGCUGUAACUUUUGUGCGGUUUCCUGUGUUUGUGGUGGUUCAAAUGGUUGCACCGAAUCAGUCAAGCCCUUUGAGAGAAAAUCAGCUCCAUCAACAAUAGUACCAACCAAAUGUCGAAAUGUAAGUGAUGAGGAGAGGAGUAUUUUGAAUGCUGCUCUCUGUGAGUUGCAGGAGAGUCAUUCCUGCAGUGCAUUUGGGUAUUGCCAUGGCUUUUCAAAGGAGCUAGUUUCUGACUGUGUGGCAAACUGUCACAAUUUGUUUACUCUCGAGGACAUAACUACCACUGUGCCUGUUUUUUCAAAAAAACAUGCUCUUAAAAUUCUGGAAAUUUUAAAUGAAAUAUUCAAUGACAUUGAUGAGUCAAGCUUAACUGAUCCAACAAACAGUUUCUCUGAAGAAUUCAUUACUGGACUGGAAGAAUUGCUUUUGUGUGAUUAUACUGAUUUUGAAGAUCAUUUACCAGAUCCAGAUGCUUUGUUAGACUGAAUCUACACCUGAGUUAAUGUAGACACUUGUUAUACUAAAUGUAUUAACAGCUCCAAUCGGAAGGACAAGGACAACUUGUUGUUUACCCUUUAAAAGUGGUCUUGGAUCAAUGUUUCAUUCCCUUCCCUUUUGUUUGCAAAAGUCUCAUAUUUAGUAUCCAGUAAGAAAGUGACAAGUGUAACUUUCAUGACUGUUACUUGAAGAAAUGACAGUUUAUUAAUAUUUGCAAUAUUUAUAUAUUGAAGUAUUUAUCUUCAAACUGAGAACUGUGGCUGCUUCUAAUGCGGUUAUAACCUCCUCGGCCUCAGUUGUUCAAACGUGGAAUAGCGCUAUCCACUGGAUAAACCUCAAUCCAGCAGAUGAGUGUUAAGGAAACUUAAUUGCACUAUUCACUGGAUUGAGUGUUAUCCAGUGGAUACCAUUAUCCACCUUUCAAACAUCUGGAGCCUGGGAUUCAAGCCCUCUUAAAACCCCUUGCAAAGAUGGGUAUGGGUGAUUAAAAAAAAAAUUGGGGUAGACAGAUUUAGAGGGAAAAAAUUGUUUGCAAUGAAAUACACAAGGAAAUUCUUACACUGAAAAAUAUCUUUCAUUGCUUGUAAUGCUGAAAAACAAAUCUUACACUGUUUUACAUGUCAGAAAAAAACCUUUCACCAGAGGAAUCCACAUCAUCCAUACCCCCCACUAAAAGUCAAAUAGUUGACCCUUUAUAAGAGGCAGUUUACUACUGUAUAUUAUUUUUUGUUAUUAUUAUAUGGCUGCAGAGGUUGGCAAAAAGACAAUUCGGUAUUCCUAUUAGUCACCCAACCUGGCUAGUUUAGAUGUGCCUGCCUGUCUGGGAUUUCCUAUUGGUCUCACAAGAUACAGUUCCUUUAGUCCUUGUAUCUAAAACCUUUACAAUGUUUUUUGGUGAUGGCUGGCUGGUGGCAUUUUUAUUGACCUUGACUUCCUCUUGACCCAUAAAAAAAGAAAAAAUUCGCAACAAAAACAUAGAUCAACAACCAGUUGUCUUAAUCUCAUGCAUGGGAAAAAACACAUUUCUUGUCAAUUAAACUGCCAUUCAAAAUACCCUGCACAAAUUUUAUCGCUAUUUUUCAUGUUAUUUUAAAAACUUGCUGUUUAAAUGAAAAAACAUGUAAAGUAUGUUUAAAUGAAUAAGUAAAACUACACUAAUUAUAGAAGGCUAAUGGUACUUGAUUUAUAAACCCACUUGGUAAAUAAAUUCAUACUGUACAGGAAAAAGAAAUCCUCACUUCUUGUGGUAUGUCAACUUUAGCUGGGAUUCAAUUUGAAUUCAAUUAAACUCUAUUUAAUUCGUAGAUAGGCUCCCAUGUCUUAAUAAGCCCAUUCAUCCACGUGUGUAGAUCACGGUAAUCAAGAUUCUGCAAUAAAUUAGAUGAGAAUUCAGGAAAGGAUGGGUGCCCUCCCCUGCCUGGAUUAUGUUUGAAUGCAGAAAUUUGCAUUAAAUCGCAGAUCAAUUGGUGUACAGCAACUUCAGGAUUUCCUCCAGACCUGUAACCUCGGAUUUCUGGGAGUCCCAAGUCAAUCCUUAUUGAAUCAUAAAUGUUUUCCAUUGGCUCAACAGUGUUAGCUACUCUUGCUGCUGAAUCUUCAUUGAUAUUGGCACCAAGUGCCUUCCACAUUCCCUUUACAUCACGAUUGUACUGCUCGGUUCGCAAGUCCAGUGGAAUGUUCAUUCCUGGCAAGCCAUGUUUGUUAAAUGUUCUGUUCCAUUUAAGAUCAUGUGCAUCUGAUUCUGACAAUAUCGCCUUAAUUUUGGCCAAGUAAAGCAAGAUUACGUAAGCAUAUUUGGUCUUGCCAUAUGCUUUGAACAAAAGCAAGCCAAACCUGUAAAAAUCAUGGAGCCUAUCACCAUCCCCUUCUUUAAUGGCAUCAUCAAACUCAAAUAAGAUAAGUCCAAAGGUAAGCUUUGCCUGAUGAUAGUUAAAUAGGAAAUCUUCCUUUGCUCCCUCUUUCCCUGCCCCAUCUUGCUGAUCUUGCUCUGUCUGGACAGUGGUGCCUGAAUGUGCUGUGCUUUCAUGUCUAGAUAAGGAAAAAAGAGCUUUUUUAAUAAUUGCUCUUAACAAUAUGUUGCUUCUAUUAACCAGGCUUUUAAUUAUCAUCUUCCAUGACAACUAAUUUCGUGACAAUUAUAUAAGACACUUACAUUUUCAUUAGUCGACUGAAAUGAACGGAGGAUAAGAGGGCAAAACAAUAUUAAGAGUCAAAUUUAUAGUUUCUUCAUACCUGUUUCUGGUGGAUUUUGUUGAGAACACCAGGCCACAUGACAUUCUACAGUGGUAAAAUCCCAUAAUAUCCCUCUCUUUCCCUGCCUCAUACUGUUCCCAAACAAUGCCAUGCUGCGUAACUUCAUGCCUUUUACAAACAAAAAGAAAUAUCAACAUUGAAUCUGGAAGGAGAAAUCCAAAUUGACAACUGGCCCCUUUGGAACAACAACAAAAAAUCCUACUGUUUGAUAAUACUCCCAUAUAGUGGAGUUAACCCAACAGGGUUACACUAAAGCUGUCAGCAAAAUACAAAGAGUGUAGGCAGGGAUUCAAACAGAUAAUUAUAGUAAUUGAUGUCUUUGGGUCCUAUAGUUUUCCUUUAUUUUACUAUGACAGUAGCCGGGAUCAUGUUUUUAGUUAUAGCCAAGGGAAACCCCUGCAUGGCCCUAGCCUGUUAUGACAGUCCAGAGUUAUCAUAGAGAUUGAAAAGUCACAUAAGCUUGGAAUAACAGCUGCUCCCCAUUCGCACUUACUUGACUCUACUUGAGUGUUGACUGUAAUUUUUGUCACACCCAUCAACCCGGCACAAGAAACCUGCUGCUGCAACUGCACUCUCCAACUCUCUCACUUGCUGGACCAAAGGUUCAACUUCACUGACUGUCAUAAUGUAUGUUUCUACAUGUUUAAGGCAGAGUUCAAGUAGCCAUUUCCUACGACUUUCUCUACUCAAGUCCUGUUUGGUUGGUACAUCAUAAUCUGGAUUAUCUGUUUAGAAAAACAAUGACAUAAAAGAACAUUUACAGCAUCCAACAUCAAAAGGCUAACAUGACACAAAAUAUUAAUACAUUCUUCCGAUUUCAGCCCAAUUGCUAUGGUAAACUUUACAAAUGUUGAGUUGCAGUUUUAAUUAAUAACUCAAUUGAGUUAUGAAUAUGGCCAUCUUGGGGACAAGGAAUAGUGGCUCUUGUAGAGAGGUUUACCCAAGAUUGAUUGUACGGACCCAGUCAUGCAAAAAAGGGGCCAUUUUGGUGAGGUGGAGUUUAAGUGGAGGUUUGACUGUAUUUAUAUUUACCAUCAAAUGUUGUCAUUCCUGACAUUUCCAUAAAUGAAGCGCAGACAUGAGCCUCUACUUCACGUGCAUGAAACUCCUUAUAUUCAUUGUAAUGGUUGUUCACCCCCUUCGCAGCAUUGGUCUUAAACGUUCUGUUCAUGCUAGCACGAGAAGUUCCAAUCUCUGCAGCUGAGGAGUUGUCAACAAAGAGCUCAUUUUCAAUCUGUUGUAUAAAAUUAGAACAAAUAAUUCUAAGUUUUUUUUUUAUUUAUGUGUUAUAUAUUGAUGUUAUUGAAUUUAUCACAGGUCCCCGUCCCACAUAUUCCCUUGAAAUGUUUUUCCCAGCUGCCUAUAAAUGGAAUGUAAACUGCUACUCAGCAAUUCAGCAGCUGCAGUUGUGCACACCUCCAAAAAAAUUUCAAAAAAGAUUGUUUUACUUCCUUCGAAAUGACAAAAUCUUUUUUAUUUGGGAUAGAGUUCAGAGAAAAAGACUAAAAUUUGGAAGUAAACAUUUUUGCCUUGAGGCUAGUUAACAAUGUCAUAAUAGCACUGUGUGUUGCUAAACAGCACCGCUUUUUUUAAGUUUUCCUUCUGAUCUUAAUAAGUUAAUUCUAGAUACAAACCAUAUACAAAUUGAACUUUGCAUGCCAGUCUGCAAAUUCUGUUUCCAGGCCCUCAAGUCUAUCGUAUUCAUUGUCACCAUCUUGGUAUACCCAUUGUGUGUUUCUUGCCCUUUCCUCAAAUAGCUGGUCUCCAUGAAAUGGCACUGACUUGAGGACUGCUUUUCCAUCCGUGGUUUUGAACGAUGGCACAUACUUUUCAUGAUUUGUCAUAAGAAGUUGUGCCAUUUCACUUGCAACAUUGGGAUUGAAGAAUUGAACACCCAGACUACACUGCAAUUGAAAAAAAUCAGAGGAACCACUAUUUAAGGCUCUUAAGAACUGAGCUAAAAGAUGCACAUUUCAAGGGACUGAAAGAGUUUGAAUGCCAAAUGCCCAAUUUUUGUUUAUUUUUGAGUAAUAUUUAAUUUAAAAAUUGCUUUUUGUAGUUGGCAUGUACUAUAGUUUGCAAACAAGGGAGGGUUUUUAAAGAUUUCACAGGUCUACAGGCAGUGGAUACUAAAUGUUUGAAAAUAUCCUCUUGGGAGACAACAAUUGUACAUACACCAGAAAUUUACUUCAUAAAAAAGGAGUUUGACCAUAUAUUUUUUUCAAACAUAAGCUUUCAGUUCCUUGGUGACAGUGGAUAUAUAUAAAAAAAAUAUAUAUACCUAGACAUCAGCACUGCACUGAUGAGGCCCAGAAGGCCGAAACAGUACUGUCUGCAGUUAAAAAAAAAAAAAUAUAUAUAUAUAUAUAUAUAUAUCUACAAGUUGAUCCUUCUCUUAUAACCUUAUACAUUGUGUAUGCCAUACUUAUAUUGCUAGCAGGUUUACUACAGGUUAUAUUUCCCAGUAGGUUUUUAAAUUGAUGGUAUGUAAGUUAAACUCACGGUUUGUGAUUUUGUCUUCAUUUCCUUGGAGUAGUGAUGUGGAAUGUGACGAAUGACUACAUCCCUGAAUGGAUGGAACUUUGUGAGGUACUUGCUUAUAAUCCUGCUCACCAACACAGCCCAUCUGUGUUUGAGGCGUUCCAAACUUGCUUGGUCAGGAAGCAGAUCAAGUAACUGCAAUUCUUUAAGGGAUUUUCUUGGUCUUUUUGUGUCCAAUGCCACCUCAUUGACACGGUUCAGAACAGCAUACUGCUGGGUCCAAUGAAUAGAACGGUUGCUGCUCUCAACACUCUGGAUCCUGGCAUUGACCAUUAAAUCUAUAUUGUCGCCAACCAACCUAGAGUUUUGAAAAAAAAAAAACAAUUAAAUUUUACUUGUUUCUUUAAAGAUUACAAAUUUUGUUUGCCAAGAUGAUUAAUUAUUGUUAUUUUUUUGGAUAAUUCUAGGAGAAAAAAAAAUUAAAAAAGGACUAAGUACACCUCUCUACCGUCCUGUGCGUCUCUGAAAUUUAGUUAUUAAAACCUCUAAAAACCUAUUUUAUAAAUAAUCAUUUAAUCUUUCAGGGUACCCAACGACGGUUUCAUCCUAAAUGUAUUGGAAAACAUUUUUUUAGGCUAUAGAUCUAAAAGCAGCGCUAAAAAAAUGUGUCUGUUCGGUCUUCCCGUGGCAACUUAAUUCUUUUCGAAAUGACAUGGGUUUCAAUGUAUUUUCCCGAAAAUUUUAGAUGUUAUUUAACGUAAGUUUAAGUUUCACGACAUUAAAACGUCUUUUUUCUACGAAAAAUAGCGUAACCCGUGGAAUUAAAAUGCGAAAAGAAAAAACAGAAAAUUAUGUGUUCCAAAAUUGUCCGUGAAUGGAACGGUCAUCAAGUUAAUUUUAGCCUUCCACAUUAGCUAAAAAUAAUUCUAAGGCAGGUCAUUUUUGGUCCUCCGAAAACAUAUUUUACCAAAAAAAAUCGUUUGCAGUUUAUAAAAUAAUAUACCUGUAGUAAGGAAGCUGAAUUUUGGCAAUUUCUGCUGCUGCUGCUCCUAACUCCUGGUCUGUGAUGAUAUCUUGUUCAUCCGAGAAGCGGUUAAUGUGCUCCUGGCAGAAUUGGAAAGCGGCCGGCUCGAAGAAAUCAUAUUUCCUGAUGGUUUCCUCUGAAAAAUCGAUGUCGACACGCAUCACAUCGUCCUCGUGAUUGCCAACCUGCUUUUCUCGAACUUCAUUCAGCAACAGGCUAGCAACUUUCGCCUUUUCAAUCUCCCUCUUCCAAUGACCUACUUUUGAUUCACAGCACUCGCCCAUCUUCCUUUGGAAUUGUACAAUCAUAUCUGGAGACAUGCAUACUCCAAGUUUAUUUAGAAUUCGCAGAUCUUCAUGCUUGACUCCACUGUGAAAGAGAACUGCAGAAAUACGGUAUGCGACUGCUGACAUGGUCUCGUUUCUUCCUCUAGCAGCAACUGAUUUUAUCAAGGCCAUUGCAUUGAUUUUCUUGACAUCCAGUUGUGAAGAAUCUCGCACAUUACACGCACCUCUGACACAAUUCAUCCAGAAUGGACACCACACAUCUGCCUCAUGAACCAAAACUUUAUUCGAAAACGCGGCCAGAUCGUCGGGUCUUGACUUUUUCAAUACUGAAUCUGUCGCAUUGUUACAAUAUUCCUGGAAUUCUUUGCUGACGGUUCUUCUCAGAGGAUCCGGCAACUCUUCCCGAAUAUUCGGGUGCUCGAAUGUCAAAUUCGCAACCGUUUUCCAUUUUUUUCUGCACAGAUUUACCAUGAUCGAUUUCGUCUUAUCAUGAAACGAGCUGAACGUUUCAACGCGACCACCCGGGUUAACAAUUACCACUUUAGCUUCGGUGCUUGAACUUUCAAGUAAGUCUUCCACGUUUAGAUAUGAGAGAAAAAGUUCGCCAGCUUCCUGAGGUGAGUCAUCCGCUGUGUUUGAAGUAGAGAUUUCGUUGUGAUCGCUGUCAGUGUUAACCACAGAGCUCGAAACAUCUUUAAAACUUAAGGAUUUUUUCGCUAAUGAUUUUUGUCCAGUUGCUUUUUUCCCUUUUCUGGCCUGAGGACUUCUAUCCGGCGAUGAAAUGGUUGUUGGCAAAAGCCGCUUGAAUCUACCAGAAUGGUCAUCAACUUCCAUCACAGCCGAGUUAUCCUUCUCUCUUUUCAAGUUUGAGGCGAUGAAGGUAUAGAAAUCAAAUGCGUUCCGUAUUUUCCUACCACAGGCAUGACAUACUCGAUCAGAGAACGUGUCUGAUUUUUCAAUUUCCAGUCCAAUAUGUGAACAGAGUUCUGCCAAAGUCAGACCUUGUAUGCAUCCUUCGCGCGUCGAGACCUUGAAAAGGUUUUGCGUUGAAAUAUACGAAUUUUUUUUAAAUUCUCCGUAUUUAAUCUUUAGCGGACAACAAGACAAUCUACAAUUAUCAUUGACGCUUGAAAUAGCCCGUUGAAUAUUGGCAGGCUUUUUCGGCGUAUCGCCCUUCGUAGCCAUCGAAGAAGACGAAAGAGCAUGAGGAUUUGUCUUGAUUUCUUGCCAAACGCGCCACACUUUCGCGCGAAGUUUCAUAUUACUAUCAAGCCUAUGAUUGGCUGGAGAAAUUGAAACCAGACAAGUUGUCACCCCGGGUGUCAAAAUGAGGUGAAGGGGGCGGCAGUCAAAAACCCCUCGAAUCCGGGCAGGCGGUUUUUCUUUUUCUCGCGGCUUCGCCGCUCGUUCUCGCGCGCUUCGCGCGCGAAUUUCGCGGCUACGCCGCUCGUGCGCCCGGCUCGACAAAACCGCCAUGCUACGCAGGCUACAUCAACUUUUUCGAUGCAGAUAUUCAAAUUCCAAAGACGUAGUUGCAAGUUUUCCUUGCUUUUCCCACCCAUCUGCCGGAGGACCCUAGAGAGCUUGCUCGAGGGCUAACUGUUUUCUAAAACAGGUACAUGUACCUCGAACAGUGACACAACAUUGCUUAACACUUAUUUUUUCAUUAUCAAUUAUUGAAUUGAUUGAGGCUGAGUAUGAUCUAAAGAAUUAUGCAGAUUGAGGUGGGUUUUGGAUGAGGCAGAUUACACCCUCUGAGAUCUCCAUAAUUUUUCACAUCAUGCGAAAGCUAUAUCUAGUAACUGUUAUAAUAUUCAUUAUAACAUUAUAAUAUUCAUAGUUUUAAAACAAUCUAAACACGCCUACCUUGUUCGAUUUGCAAUUUCAUUUCAUCAUCUUCAAUUGCCUGUUUCUUGGCAAGUUCAAGAGAUAAAGGGAUGUUUAGUUCAAUAGCUAAGGGGAUGUUACGUUCUGCAGAUACCUUUCGAAGGUAGUCAUACUUAUUCAUAACCCUUACCACUUUUGUUAAGGUUUUGUGUUAACUUUCACCAUGUAGGGGUGGAGCAGUGCCUAUACAGUAGAAGCCGUUAUCAUGCAAAUAGCGGCUACACUUGUGAAAGGAAAAGCAAGGAUUAACUUCCAGGAUAAUAAAAAGGUAAUACUGUAUGCGUAGUAGUCAACUGCAUACAUAGUAAGCUCUUUGUGAAUGGGCUUUUUGUACUUGUAACACCAUAAGCAUUGCUUAAGGAAUAGUGUCCCAGGGGUUUCAAUAAAAAUUGAAGUAGCUGCCAGGUUUGAAUAGAUUAAGCGACUGUGUCAACCAGAGACCGUUAGUCCCCUUUUUAGGGGCAGGAGGGAGGCCUGGGGGGCGUUGUGCCCCAGAAAAUUGUGAAAUUUCAAGCCCUAAAAUGCGAUUUUCAGCGUUCGGUGGACCAAAUUUGAGGAUGAAAGAGCAUGUGUUUCAUUGAAGAAAAUGUAGGUUUCAAUUUAUCAGUCACACAAUCAAUUCCCUCAAGCAAUAAACAAAUGAUGAAAACUAAACUACGUACUUUUGCACGUAAACAAAUUCUGCAUAAACAUAUAAAGAAACUUGUGAAAAAAUGACUGAAAUAAUUUUAUAGCGUUCACAUGACUAAAGUAUAACAUAAAACCAGUGGGCCUUUAUGAGAACACAUUAUAAGUACGUUUUCAUUCAGAUUUUAUGAUAUAUUUUUAGGUUACAACGUUAUUCAAAGUAGUUGCUUCUUCUUUCUAGACAAAAGUAGCUGACCUCUAUGAGCAAAGUAGCCGACACGUUUCGUCGGCUGUCGGUGCUUUAUAUUGAAACGGGUGUCCUGUUCUUAAUAUUGUUAUCUUCUAAGCUGUGAGGUGUAUUUCUGAUUUUACUUAACCCUGCCAAUUGUCUUUUUGUUCAUAUUAAGUUUCAACAAAUCAACUCAUAAAUUAUUAUCUCAUGAAAAUAUAGAUAAUUUCUGAAGUCAUUCUGGAUAGCUAAAACUCCAGGCCCCAGGGGCUGGGCUAACUUGUUUUCAAAAACCACAAUAAAAAAUUGCAAUCGGUUUCAAUGUACUUCAAAUGUGUCCGUCUGUGCCUCCUUUUGUAUUUGCUGUGGUAACCCUUUAACUGGCAAUCGUACAUACAGUGUAUAUGUACGGAAGGACCCUCUUGGCGUAAUCACUCUCUACAGUUCAGUGAUUUGGCCUGGACUGCUUCAAUGCUUUUUACAUGAAGUAGUUGUUGUAACGUUCGAGUGGAUUUUGGCAGUAGCUGGCAUCAAAUCUACUGAACUUUUUAACUGUAAAAUUUGAUCCAGUUUUUGUCAUCUGUGGAGCUUUAAGUAAUUGCACUGAGUAUGAUUCUCUCCACCUGACCUUCAACAUGGAUCAAAACUUGCAAUUCUGAAGAUAAAUGUCCGAGCAAAGGAAAACAAGUUUGUAUGACUAGUAAUGGUGAUUGACUCGAUAGUAUGAAGCAACUUUGGAAGUCAAGUGCCCUCAGAGAGUUGAAAUUGGAAACUUGGUAAAACGUUAACAAUAAUUUUAUUGCUGCACCUAAAAGAGCAUUCUGUGAUAAACAUUUCAUGAUAUAAUUAUAGUUAAUGACCCUAGGAUUUAUAAUAUAGAAGUCGUGAGCAUAUUUUCACAAGACAGUGGCAAUGAAAAAAAUUUCCCCCCAAAUUUGCUGGUUAAAGGGUUAAUUAAUUUAUACCUUCUUUUUAUGUUUUGAGCAUUGCUUUUUGCGUUUCACUCAAAUUGGUGGGAGUUCCCGCUGUUUGAAUUUUGAUAAAUUUUGUUACACAGCCUCUUUAAGAUAAUAAUAUUUUUCCUGACUUUGCUUUAACAGCCUGGUGUCUACAGCCUUGCAAGAGCCCAACAAUCUUUUAAGUCCUUAGUACAGAUCCAUGAAAAAAAUGGUAAGAGUGAUCUUCAAUUUUUGCGUAUUCAAUCAUACGAAAUUGAAGUUUUUGUUUGUCCCUGAGAAUACUCAGUUUAUUCCCCUACUUUCCUGUAAGAUCUUCAAGAUCAAGUGCUUACUGUAUUGGGUAGCCAUCUUGGUUUCAAUUGUUAGUGUAACUCGGAGAAGAGUGUCAACUCUACUUAGGGGGUAGGGGGUGGGUGGGAAGGAGGCAAGAUCCCCAUUCUUCUUGCCUGUCUCACCCCAUUGCUUUAAACCCUGACACAUCUGCCUGUGAGUGUUUUACUAACCUGUGUAGCAAGCAUGUCAAUGCAUGUUUGUUGAGAAAGUUAGAAGAAGAGGGACUAAGGGAAAAUAAUUGCUCUCCUGCAAGCCCCACAAUUCUGAAAGAAAACAACAAACAAACACUCGCGCAAACAAAUUAAUAAACACCCAUUUUAUGGUUCACAGUUCAGUUCAUUUGUAGAUUGACAGCUUUUCAACGUACAUGUAGUAGCCAGUAACAUAUCACAAGUUGUUAUAAAUUUAUUUGGCUUUUUUGUUUUAUUCUCAUUUUUAGGAUGGUAUACUCCACCUAAACAUGAAGGCUGACUUAAAAUAUUAUUGUUAAUAUUAGAUUUGUAAUUUCUAGUGCAUGGGCUGCUGUUUGCAUGGGAUAUUUUCUAAAAAAGUUCGCGCAUGUGGUGUACAUAGUUCACCAUUGACCCUUAAGCUCUUACAACAACACUCAUUAUCCUCAAACCUUUUCUAUGUGUACUUCUUAUAAUAUGGCACAGUGAAACCCUCUACAUAGCUGUACCAACCCUGGGCUAUAAAAAGGGGAAAAUGCCAAACUAAAACAUUGUGAAAUGACAAGAAGAACUUGAUUCUGACAAGCGACCUUCUAGGAAUCACAUAUCACUUGAAUGCUUACACACUUUAAUCAGCAACCUUUGCUAACAAGACUCCCUGAUAAAUAAUGGUAGUAAUCUUGACUGAGUAGAAUACAAUUUGGUUCGCAGUCAUGCAAUAAUUGAUUAACAAAAUCAUAUGACUGCUUAGAAAGAGUCCGAUUUGUUUAAUGUAUAUGAUGAUAACAGACCGCAUGGGUGAUAGAACAUGAAGUUCUGUUAACAGUUAUUAAUUCGAACUAUAACAAAAUUUGUGACAAUUUAAGCUUUUUUAAAUUAAAACACAAGAUCUUCCAAGAGUCUUUUCCCAGAUGACCAAUUCCUUGGUCGUGGCACUUACCGUCCCAUUACUCUGGAAUUCCUGGAAUUAGGGCUGCUGAUAGCUAAUCAGGUGAAGAGAAUUUUGUUAUAGUUAUGAUUAUCGAUUCAUUGCUUCAUGCUUUCAUACAUUACCAGGCAUUUACUCGGUCAUUUCAAUGAGGCUAAAUUGUGAAAAAGGCAACCGUUGGAAUAUUUCAAAAGGCAGUCAUUUCUUCUAAUGACAGAUGGUGGUCAUAUUUUAACAAGAAAAUGACUAGACUCUUGUUUUGGGCUUAGGAAAAAAUGUCUUUGGUCUUAAUAAGGAGUAGGCUCAGUCUCAAGCCUUUGGUUUCUCGAUGCGCCCGCGGUACUCCCCACACCCAUUACAACUGACCAAUCAGAAGGCAGCCCACAGAAUUCCGCAGGCUGGCUUCUGGUUGGUCAAUUUUAACAAUAGCCAAGCCCGUGCGCCCAGCCGUCGGGUGGGGAGUGCCGCGGGCACAUCGAGACAGCCAGGACUGGAGACUGAGCCUAAAUAUGGAGGUGAUCGUGUGACUGUUAUGAUCAUAUGGUUGUAUUUCACCGUACUGUUAAAGGGCUUUUUUAAAAUGUGUAUGCCAUUUUCCCCCUAGUGACCAUUGCCCUUAUUCCAUUCUUGUAACCUUUAUGUUUGAGUGAACAGUGUAUUAUGUAAGGAGAAACUAGAUGUUGGUCAUUUCCAGAGCUUGGAGGUCGGUUGGUGAUAGAUUUCCUUUGAUUUAUGAAACAAGUUAAAAAUAGUCCUAUCAUGGUACCGGUAUGCUUCGAUCCUCAUUCACAAAGUGUCUCUCUUCAACUGUGGCAUCAUCAAACAUGAUGUGCUCAAAGGGGGGAGCAAGAUAUUCCAUUCAGGGUUGACAACAGAGAAUUCAUUAGUUUUGUUAUCUGUACACUUUUUUUUUCCUGAAGGGCUAGAAAAGUGGCCCUCUUGCCUCUGUUCCCUUAUCUGUGAACACCAGGUCAAUCCAUCAACUCGUUUGGCUUGGAAACAUUGUCGGAGUGAAUAAAAGAGGCGUAACAGAGGAAAAAGAUAUUCCCUCAUUCUGUUAUAGAUCCCAGUGAGUAUCAUUCACACAGGGAUAUACCUCCGUAUUGAACUUAACUACUGUUAAAAGUACUAGUUCACCAAGGAGGCGUUACAAAUUCCUAAUCGUACAUAACAUUUCCAUUUUUGUUCUUUCGCCCUAGUUCUCUGCAUUUUUGCAUUUUGUCAAAAGAUAGACCUUCGAUAAAUAGAUUUUAAGUGCAAUUAAAAUAAAAAGAAAAUAACUGCA